UCUACUCACUCUAGCAAACGAAAAUGUCUGUGAUCCCUAAAAAAACACUUAUCAUCUUUUUAAAAAAAUUAUAGAUUUUUUUUUUUGGAAAAACAAGUUAAAGAAGACAGUAAAAGGAUAUGCAUAAGACAUGAGAGAGCAGAGAAGAAAGGCCAAAGAACCUCAAACUGUGAGGAUUUAUCAAAGAGAGAGAGAGAGUGAGAGAGCAUGAAUGUGGCUGUGUGUGAGAUGCAUUCUGUAAUAUGCAACACCGCCGUUUCACCUAACUACUCCGGUCGCCGGAGCACACAUCGGAACCCUAACCGAUUACGCGCCAAAUCCUCUCUUCUAAUUCAGAAACAGGACACCCAACUCACAGAACCCUUAUCUGAAUCCAUCUCUCGCCGACUCAUUCUGCUUCGCCAUGCCAAGAGUUCCUGGGAAAACCGCUCUCUCCGCGACCACGACCGGCCUCUGAGCAAGUCAGGGAAGGAAGAUGCUGUGAGAGUUUCGCGCAAGCUCCAACAGUUGGGUUGGAUUCCUGAACUUAUCUUGUCUAGUGAUGCGGCGCGGACUAAGGAGACACUUAAGAUAAUGCAGGAGCAAGUGCAGGAGCUUGUGGAAGCUGAGGUUCAUUUUGUUUCUAGUUUUUAUUCUAUUGCAGCUAUGGAUGGGCAAACCGCAGAGCAUCUUCAAAAGGUUAUUUGUAGAUAUUCAAGGGAUGAGGUACUUACUGUAAUGUGCAUGGGACAUAAUAGGGGAUGGGAAGAAGCGGCAUCAAUGUUUUCUGGGGCCUCUGUGGAAUUAAAGACAUGCAAUGCUGCACUUCUUGAGGCUGCUGGAAAAUCUUGGGAUGAGGCAUUUGCCACCGCAGGAUUUGGGGGAUGGAAGCUUCAGGGCAUAGUAAAACCAAGUAGCUAGCAAGUUGAGAUUUUCCCUAAUGGGUAAACUUACAAAUAGAUAUGCAAAAGGUUGGAAGCAUCAAUACUUAUUGUAGGAACCCAAAAUGCCUCACCUAGUUCAAGCUAUGGAACUUAUGACUUCAGAAAGUAUACUGGGCGAAGGGUGGAAUAUGAUGCCAAACGCCUCGGUUAAAUCUGUUUAAUUUAGCAGCUUAGCUAUGAAUUGUUUACAUGGUGAUUCAAGCUGAAACAUUGCUGAGGAUCUUGUGCAGGAUCUCAAUGCUUCAUAAUAUGCUGCUUGGUGUUGAGCAUUUGUUCAUUGAAGUGAACUCAUGCUACUCAGUGGUUGUUGAUUCAUACAGAACUAUAGGUUUCCAAAGAAAAAUAAUAUUGCUUCUGUAAAUCAUAUGUUGUGGAAAAAGAUAAACAUUACAAGUUACUUCCACAUUGAUAAUAAAGACUGGAAAUCGAUUUCGAAA